CCAUGUGGAAUGCAUCUAUAUUGGCUUUCCUGACAGACGGUGUUUUCCCGAGAUACAUACUACGAGAGGAGAUAUUGUUUUGAAAAAUACAACUGAAUGUGGGGUGUCGUAAAUAUGUCUUGCGCAUGACCAUUGAAUGGAAAGUUUGUCUACAUGAAAAACUUAUAAAUGCUUUUCGGAUAUGUUCAUUGAGAAAUUUGUUUAGUUUGUUGUGGACGAUUGAAGAAGUAUACCAAGUAGACUUCAUGACAACGUUGUGUGUCCAUUUACAAUGAACGCUAAAAGUAACCAAUUUUUAUAUUUAUUGAUAGAAUGUUAAAAGAUCAAUUUGAUUUUAUUUAGAAAAAAAUUUUAUCAAUUAGGAAUAAUAAAAUUAUUUCGAAUUGAAUAUGUUGACAUUUGAUUAAAUUAAGUUCUAUUACUUAGUGUUAUUUUUACAUUAAAUCAAAGCAAAAUUUUGUAAUUCUACUACAUAUCAAGAAUGCUAUUUAUGUGCGCUAUUUGUUUGUCCAGUUGAACAGUACACCGCUUGUGUAAUACUCUAUAUAACUUGCGACUCAGAAAACUAUAUCAAUUUUUUUUUUAAAUACUAAACCUUCAGUAGUUUUGCAUCGCGUGAUAAUCUUUAAUAAACAAAAUGCUAAAGUGAGAAUUUGUUCAACCCCACUCGAGUAUUAACUUAAAAAGAAAAUCGCUUAUCCAUCUCCUUGUGUUGUUGUUCAAAGUUGUAGCAUGAAAGCACCUGGAUUAAAUGAUGUGUUUUUUGCAACAAUUGUGUUUGGCCUUAAUGGAUAUUUUAUUGCCAAUGUGUGUGGCAAUGAAGAUUAUAGAGACGUGAUUCCUAUAAGAGACAAUAUUCUCAAUAGAGAGGAACUAUCUGCGAAUUCCCUUCCCCAGGAUAAAGAUUUACCAAAAUUUGGCGAGCGUCUUCAAAAUAUUACUGUUCCGGUUGGUCGAGAUGCUGUGCUGAUCUGUGUCGUGGAUAAUUUACAGACCUACAAGAUUGCAUGGUUGCGUGUUGACACUCAAACAAUUCUCACCAUACAAAAUCACGUAAUCACCAAAAACCAUCGAAUGGUAAUCACACACGCAGAGAAACGCGCCUGGAUACUAAGAAUCAGGGACGUUAAAGAAUCAGAUAUGGGUUGGUACAUGUGCCAAAUAAAUACCGAUCCGAUGAAGAGUCAAGUUGGGUACUUGGAUGUUGUCGUACCCCCAGAUAUUUUGGACUAUCCAACAAGUACUGAUAUGGUGGUGAAAGAAGGCAGCAACGUGACUCUAAAAUGUGCUGCAACUGGCUCUCCAGCACCAAUAAUAACGUGGCGAAGAGAAGGGGGCGAACCAAUUAGUUUAUCGGGUGGAGUGGAAGCCACAAGUUACAACGGCUCCACAUUUACCAUCUCAAGAGUGGAUCGCCUUCAUAUGGGCGCAUACCUGUGUAUUGCAUCAAACGGAAUACCGCCUACUAUUUCAAAACGUAUCAUGCUAAUAGUUCACUUUCCACCAAUGAUAUGGAUACAAAAUCAACUAGUUGGAGCUGCAAUAGGACAAUCAAUAGUUACGUUGGAUUGUCAAUCAGAAGCUUUUCCGAAGUCAAUUAAUUAUUGGAUGAAAAAUGACUCCAUUAUCAUUCCAAGUGACAGAUUCAUUCCAGAAACUUUUGAGAAUGCAUACAAAGUACUUAUGAAGCUGACAAUUCUAUCUGUAGAUAUAGCAGAUUUGGGUCUGCUAUAUAAAUGUGUAGCUAAAAAUUCACUUGGUGAUACUGACGGAACAAUAAAGUUGUACCACAUACCACAUUCAACUGUUAUGACAACACCAACGACGACAUCAGCAAUAUCGACCGCAACGGUUUCACAAAAAUUAAAUUAUGCUGUACGCGAACAAGGAUUAGGUAAUGAGAAGUCUUUUAUGCCUAAGUCAAUAUCAGAUGUGAUUCCAACAUCAACAAAUACCUUAUAUGUGGGUGCAACAUCCAGUUUAUGGAAUACAGUCGGACGAGAUAGAGCUCAUUUGGAGAUACACAAAAACGAUGGCAUAAUUGGCAGUGAAACACACAGAGAUACCGACGUGUUAAAGGAAAACGAUAUGUCCAAAGAAACAAACUACCUUGGAUCAUCAUCAUCAUGCGCUUCAUUAGUUAUUGUAGCGAUAUCACAGUUAGCUUCUCGUAUAUUUCUAUGCUCACUUGUGUAACAAAUCAAAUUACUGUAAAAUUCUCGUUAUAAGUAGAUAUUAGAGUAUGUGCUUAAAAAUGUAGCAAAUUGAAACAGAAUGGCUCUUAAAAACGA